AUGGCGUCCGACAAGCUCCGCAACUCUGCCGAGGAGAGGGCUGUCAAGAAGCAAAAGAAGAAAGCGCUGGAGGAGGCCGCUGCCACCGACGAGCUGAUGAAUGGUGACGCGUCCGCAAGCAAGAAGGAGAAGAAGGACAAGAAGAAGCGUAAGGCGGAUGACAGCGUAACCGAGGUUGCGGCGGCCGCCGACGCCGCCCCCGACGCAGCCGCCGCGGAUGCUGCGCCCGCCGCUAAAAAGGCCAAGAAGGAGAAGGAUAGCAGCAAAGACAAGAAGAAGGACAAGAAGGCCGCGGCAGGCAGCGGCUCGGAGGGCGAGGACGCCGCGGCCGCGAGCGGCGCAGCUGCGCCCGCCGCCAAGGACCCAGCCGCUCUUGACAACUUCCCACAGCUCAGCGACAACAUAAAGUCGCUGCUGCGCUCCAAGGCAUCAGCCGCACAGGGGGCGGCGACAAAACCGGGCAGCAUCAACGACGGCGGCCGCCGCGCCGCGCUCUACGCGCCAGCGGUGUACGCUGUGGCCGCGCCGCAGCCGCAAGGCAUCGAGUCCCUCUUCCCAAUCCAGACGGCCUGCCUGGACCACGCCCUCAACGGCUUCGACGUCGUCGGCCGCGCGCGCACCGGCUGCGGCAAGACGCUCGCGUUUGUGCUGCCGAUUGUCCAGACGCUGCUCAAGGCCGGCGGCGGCGCGAAGCGGGCGUUUGGGCGCAAGCCCCUGGUGGUGGUGCUCGCCCCCACGCGCGAGCUGGCGAAGCAGGUCCAUGCCGACUUUGAGUAUAUCGGCCAGGCUGCGGGGCUGUCGACGCUCUGCCUGUAUGGCGGCACGCAGUACGGCCCGCAGGAGUCGAUGCUGCGCCGCGGCGUGGACGUCGUAGUGGGCACGCCUGGCAGGGUGAAGGACCACAUGGAGCGCGGCACCCUGGACCUCUCAAAGCUCUGCUUCCGCGUGCUCGACGAGUGCGAUGAGAUGCUCAACAUGGGUUUUGUGGACGACGUGGAGAAGAUCCUUAACGCAGGCCUGAGCAAGGAGGGCGCCGCGGCGGCAGAAGGCGCCGAGAAGCUGCAGACGAUGCUGUUCAGCGCGACGAUGCCGGCGUGGGUGAAGGACAUCACGCGGCGGUUCCUGAGGAAGGGGCACAAGCUGGUGGACCUGGUGGGGGAUUCCAAGAUCAAGCUCGGCAGUAUCUGCUUCAUCCUGGCAAACCCCGCCCCCUCGUGCCACUCCGCCACGCCCGCCCCCCAGGCCGCCACCACGGUGCGCCACCUCAUGCUGCCGGCGCACUGGACGCAGCGCGCGGCGCUGGUGACUGACCUGGUGAAGUGCUGGGGCUGCGGCGGCCGCAGCAUCGUCUUCACAGAGACCAAGAACGACGCCAACGAGCUCGCGGGCACCCUGUCGGAGAUCAUAGGGGCGCGCGCCCUGCACGGCGACAUCGCGCAGGCGCAGCGCGAGGCGACGCUGGCCGGCUUCAGGAGCGGGAAGUUCAGCGUGCUGGUGGCCACUGACGUGGCGGCACGCGGCCUGGACAUCAGCGGCGUGGAGCUCGUCAUCCAGGUGGAGCCCCCGAAGGACCCAGAGACCUACAUCCACCGCAGCGGCCGCACGGGCCGCGCCGGCCACACUGGCGUGUGCAUCACGCUCGUCGGCCGCAAGCACGAGGGCCACAUACCCUACAUCGAGAAGAAGGCCGGCUUCAAGUUCGAGCGCGUGGGCGCCCCGCAGCCCGCCGAGAUGGCGGCCAUCGCCGCCGGCCGCGUGCUGGAGGUCAUGAAGGACGUCGACAAGAGUGUGGUGCCCCUCUUCAGCGACGCCGCCAAGGAGUGGCUGGCGCAGUGCUCCGGCCCCGAGGAGGCUGUCGCGCUGGCCCUGGCUAAGAUCACGGGCCACACCGAGCUCAAGGCACGCUCCCUGCUCACUGCCCAGGACGGCUUCACCACGCUGCUCUACAGACAGGGCAAGUCCGAAAUCAGGCCUGGCUAUGUGUACAACUUCCUGAGGCGCCACCUGGCGGAUGACGUCGUUGAGGAGGUGCGCCGUGUGACGCUCACGGAGGACGGCUGCGCGGCCGUGUUUGACGUGCCCACGCAGCACGUCGCCGCCAUGCUGGCAAAGGCCACCGCGCCCCCGGUGGAGGAGGACGCUGCUGCGGAGGGCGUGCGCGCCAUCACCACGCUGCCGCCGCUCAAGCUGCGGGAGGAUGGCGGCGGCGCAGGCUUUGGCGGCGGCGGCGGCUACGGCGGCGGCGGCGGCGGCUACGGCGGCGGCCGCGGGGGCUUCAGCCUGGGCCGCGGCGGCGGGCGCGGCGGCGGCGGCAGCACCACUAUGCUGCACUUUGAUUUCUCAAUUGCAUUCUCAAACAUCCGCAACUUGUGCCAGCAGCACCAGCAGCAGCAGCCUGCGCAGCAGCAGGCCCAACCCCAGAACGGCAACGGCAGCGGCAAGCCGCGCGCCUUCUCGGUCGCGACAGCGGCGGUGCACGGUGGUGAGACGCAGCGCGGCGUCGCGCGCCAGGGCGUGAUCGACGCGCUGACGACGCCGAUCGUCCAGACCAGCACUUACACCUUCAAGGACACAGCCGAGCUGAUCGCGUUCCAGGAGGGCACCCACAAAUCGUUCGAGUAUGGCAGAUACGGCAACCCCACCGCCCGCGCGGCCGAGGAGAAGAUCAUGGCCAUGGAGGGCGCGGAGGACUGCCUGCUCUCCGCCAGCGGCAUGUGCAGCGCCACCACCAUGCUGCUGUCCCUGGUGCCCGCUGGCGGCCACAUCGUCACCACGACCGACUGCUACCGUCGCACGCGCCAAUUCAUCCAGACGUUCCUGCCCAAGCUCCGCAUCGGCUGCACUGUGAUCGACCCCUCGGACCUCGCAACCUUGGAGCGCGCCCUCGAGGAGCACGAGGUGUCGCUCUUCUUCUCGGAGUCCCCCACCAACCCCUACCUCCGGUGCAUAGACAUCCCCAAGGUGUCCGAGCUCUGCCACAAGGCGGGCGCGAUCGUGUGCGUGGACAGCACGUUUGCGACGCCCUGCAACCAGCAGGCGAUCGCGCUGGGCGCGGACCUGGUCAUCCACUCCGCCACAAAGUACCUUGCCGGCCACAACGACGUGCUGGCGGGGUCCAUCGCGGGGCGCGCUGACCUGGUGGAGACCGUGCGCCAGGCGCACAACGUGCUGGGCGGCGUGAUCGACCCCCACGCGGCCUACCUGCUGCUGAGGGGCAUGAAGACCCUGGACCUGCGCGUGGAGCGGCAGAACAAGAGCGCCCUGGAGCUGGCGCGACGCCUGGAGGCGCACCCCAAGAUCGCGCGCGUCCACUACCCUGGGCUGCCCUCCCACCCCGACCAUGAGAUUGCGGUGGCCCAGAUGAGCGGCUUCGGCGGCGUCGUGUCUUUCGAGGUGGACGGCGACCUGUGGCGCACGGCCGCGUUCAUCGACGCCGUGCGGCUGCCGCGCAUCGCGCCGUCGCUGGGCGGCGUGGAAUCACUGAUUGAGCAGCCGACGAUCAUCAGCUACUGGGACCAGGGGCCCGAGGCGCGCGCCAAGAUCGGCAUCAAGGACUCCCUCGUCCGCUUCAGCGUGGGGGUGGAGGCCUUUGAGGACAUCUGGGCGGACGUGGAGCAGGCGCUCGACCAGAUCUGA